UCACAAAGUAUUCGCGUCGCAAAUCGCCGGUGGAACACGGGCACGGCCGCAUCACCGUCGUCGUAGUCAUCGUCGUCGUCCCGAAGAGCCGCAAGCAACGCAACCGUCAGCCGGCGCCAGAUGAAAGCCGCAACGAUCCUGGCCGCCCUGGCCUGCCUACUCGAGGUCUCACAUGCAUUCCCGUUUAAUUUCAACAAGAGGAAUUUAGAUUCCCUAGCGAGAACCGGACAGUUACCAGAAUACAAACGAUCGCUUGCUUCGUUGGCCAAGAGUGGACAAUUACCCGAAAAGUUGGUUCAAGAGAAACGAAUGUUGGACGUUUUGGAACAAGCAAGCGAUGCAAACUCAAAAGCCAUCCAAGACCAAAAAAAUCGGGUAAUAGAGGAGAUAAAAAAUUUGGCACUAACUGGGUUAUCAAAAAGACAAGCAGCCACCGAGCCUGAUUUCCGCGACGAGUUUAAAUCAGAUUUGCGAAGCAUAUUAGACCAAUUUUUGGAAAAGUUUGGAACGACAUAUGAUCCAGAAAAGGUUGAGCUGUUCUUGACCAACAUGGCUGACGAAGUUUUUGAAAAUCAUGGUGUAGUUUCAUUAGACCACAUCCGAUUCUUGAUCGAAACUGGUUACUUUCAACCGGAAAUGCGUGAGGUAGACGAUGUAAAACCAGCUGAUGGAGAUUCGUCACCAGACGACUAUAUCACCAAACGUUUCAUGGCUUCGCUAGCCCGGAAUGAUAACAUGCCGUUUUGGUACAACAGCCCGAGGUAUGUCGCCAAGCGGUACAUUUCUUCAUUGCUGAGACAGGGGAGACUGCCUUACGGAUUCCAACCCACCACAGAGUCGUCGACGAAAAACCAAAACUGGAAUUUACAAGAUGGCCAAAAACCCAAGAGGAGCGACCGGCCGUAUCAAAAUAGCGAAGAGUUUAUACCCGUGAUGCAAGGCAGCAAAACUUUGCAGAGCAUUAUCGACGACUUGACACAAGAACCUAUGCAGAAAAGAUACCUGGCGGGAACGUCGAGAAUACUGAGCGGCCAUUUGAAGAACUCGGGUGGGAACACCAGCAGCCGUCGGCAGCAACAGAACAGGCGCAAACAGACGGCGGGAUGAAGACCAAGAGGUAUCUGCUACUGCCGGCCGUGGACAACAUAUUGUUGCGCAGGCAGUACCCUCAUUUAGCGACAAAUAAUAUUUAAUCUAACACUAAGUUACAUGCUUCGCCGACGUAUAUAAUAUUAUAAUACGAACGUAAUGUUUUAAUAAUAAUACAUAAUAAUAUAUUAAUAUAACGUCAUAAUAUUUACCUUGUUGUAUCAAAUAUAAUAUCCACCACUCGUCCGGUGUGGCGGCUGCACAUUGUCGUUAGACAUUAUAAAUUGUGCUCGUUACACCGAACGGGUAAGUGCAAUAAUCGACAAAACCUUUUUAUUGGAAUUUCUCAAAUUAUAAGACAAUAACUAUUUGUGUUUCUUAAAUUAAAUUAUCAUACGUAAAACAUAUAAUAAUAAUAUUAUGUAAUGUCUAUGUGUUGACAUAUUAGCUUUUGCCACGUUUAAAAAGAAAAAAAUAAGAAAAAAUUAAAAAAGAAUCAACAUUUAAGAGUACUAGAACAUUACGAUUCCCUAUAUUUUAGACGUUAUUAUCCUCUAUUAAAUUGAACAUAAUAUAAAAAUAAACUUAUUUUAAGUGUAACA